UGAUAUUGUUUUCAGAAAAGGGCAAUAAAAUUAUUCAAGAUAUUCUGAGACUUUGAAAUGAGUAAUGAAAGCAAAUGUUAAGGAUGCUAUCUUACAGAAAGCUUGGUAGCCACAAAGGAAACAGACAGUGCAAGAUCUCGUAGCAUGCCAAUGUCACCAUCUGAUUUCCUGGAUAAGCUAAUGGGCAGGAUGUCAGGCUACGAUGCAAGGAUCAGACCAAAUUUCAAAGGCCCUCCAGUUAAUGUCACAUGCAACAUAUUUAUAAACAGCUUUGGAUCCAUUGCAGAGACAACCAUGGAUUACCGAGUGAACAUCUUUCUCCGUCAGAAUUGGAAUGACCCACGCCUUGCAUACAGUGAAUAUCCAGAUGACUCUUUAGACUUAGAUCCAUCCAUGUUGGAUUCAAUUUGGAAACCUGAUUUAUUCUUUGCUAAUGAAAAAGGUGCCAACUUUCAUGAAGUUACAACAGAUAAUAAGUUGUUAAGAAUUUUCAAAAAUGGAAAUGUACUUUAUUCUAUCAGAUUGACUUUAAUACUAUCCUGUCCGAUGGAUCUCAAAAAUUUUCCAAUGGAUGUGCAAACAUGUAUAAUGCAGCUGGAAAGCUUUGGAUACACAAUGAAUGAUCUCAUUUUUGAAUGGCAAGAAAAGGGAGCAGUUCAAGUAGCAGAAGGUCUCACUCUGCCACAGUUUCUGUUGAAAGAAGAAAAGGAUUUAUGUUACUGCACCAAGCAUUACAAUACAGGAAAGUUUACAUGUAUUGAAGUUCGAUUUCACCUUGAGAGGCAGAUGGGUUACUAUCUCAUCCAGAUGUACAUACCAAGUCUCUUGAUCGUCAUUCUCUCUUGGGUGUCAUUUUGGAUCAAUAUGGAUGCAGCUCCAGCCAGAGUGGCUUUAGGCAUAACAACUGUACUGACCAUGACAACACAAAGCUCAGGUUCACGAGCAUCUCUUCCAAAGGUGUCAUAUGUCAAAGCAAUUGACAUCUGGAUGGCUGUGUGUCUGCUCUUUGUAUUUUCUGCACUUUUGGAGUAUGCAGCUGUAAACUUUGUGUCGAGGCAGCAUAAAGAACUUCUGAGAUUCCGUCGCAAGAGGAAGAAGAACAAGUAUUUUGAGGGAGUUCUUGAUGGAAAUGAAAUCAGUGAAUCAUUGCAGCAUAGCAGUGGCUUGAGAUGUACAGGACCUAUAGACGGGACUUUGCCUCAAAUCUACAGUACAAAUUUAAGGGAUGAUGAUGUAAGGGAAAGUCAGUUUAGCUUUACAGCAUAUGGAAUGGGUCCAUGUCUGCAAGCAAAAGAUGGAGUGACACAAAAGGGGCCAAAUAAUCCUGUUCAAGCUGCACCAAAAAACCCUGAUGAGAUGAGAAAGGUAUUCAUUGACCGGGCCAAGAAGAUAGACACAAUAUCUAGAGCUUGCUUCCCAUUAGCCUUUCUAAUUUUCAAUAUUUUUUACUGGGUAAUUUACAAAAUCAUCAGGCAUGAGGACAUUCACCAAUAACAAGAUUAAGGCUUACAGUAUAUACAGAACUGGGGGCCGUGUUCAACGGGAGGCUUUCUGUUAGAAAUGUGCAUCAGAGGAGUGAUCAGGAGAGAGUUAAGAGCAUUGAGAGAGAAAAAAAAACAUCCUGCAUGGCCUUUGAUGCCCAGCCACAGUGGAAUGGAGGAGUGACACCCAGAGAAAAUACAUCUGCUAUUGCAAACUUUGUGUCAAACUAAAUAUUAAGAACUUUUUCAUUGUAAAUCACUCUACUGAAGCUUUACUGCCAGGUAUUUAUACAUACUAUUACAUAGUGGUAUAACUGUACAGUACUCUUUGAUGUUCCUUAAUUUUUUUUUUUAAUUCUGGUGUAUUUUUAAUUAAAGAAAUGGAUCCAGAAUACCCUAGGUAAAUCCUGGAGUAUUACAGAACAGAUUAAUAUUUGUAAUCUGUAUUUCAAUUUUACAAGACAAUGACAAAUUACUGAUUUGAGAUUACAGUUUUAAGAACUUUUUCUUGUCUUAAGGUCAGUACCUGUGGUUUUGCAAUGAGCACAUUUAACAAAUUUAAGUUAUAUAAUUUAUUCAAUAUACUUCAUAUAACCAUUCCCCUGGAAGGUGGAUGUUGAAAGAAUCUCAUACAGCACAAGGUAUCUACAGCCUAAUAGUCUGCAUAUCACACGAGAAAUAUAUUAAAAUUUGUACAGCAUUGAUUUCUGCAAAGGAUUUUUUUUCUUCUAUUAAUUACCUACACCUUUAUAAUUCAAACAUAAUGUUUUUUAAUUUUUUUAUAUUUUUGAAGGAGUUUUUUCUCAGUUGAUAGAACUCACACUUGUGAGAUAGACAAACUUCAUCAACAUUUUUCAAUGCUUCAUUCUGCAAUUCAAAGAGAUCUUGGAUCAAAACUAAAAGAAGAUAGACAAUGGCUUCACUGAAACAUUUGGAGGACAAGUACGGCUGUGUUUAUGCCCACUUAUCUCCUACAUGUUACAUAAAUACAAGAAGUUUAAUUUAUGAAUAUAUCAAGUUUUCUGACUCAUUCUUUGAAGUAUAUUGAUAUGACUUAGAUACUGGUUAAGAAGCACUUCACAACUUUGGAAAAACAUGCAGCUCUUCUAAAACAUGAAAAAGGAUCUGUAUGGUCUUUUACAUUUAUUGUACUUCAUAUUAAUAAACAGGAGAAAAACUAUUAAAACUCUUGGAAAGAUUAUCCCUGUUUAGAAUUAAGUAAGUCAUAUUAGUUGCUUCUUCAAAUUGCAACACAAUAGACCACAUUUAUGGCAUAGCUUGUAGGCAAGAGUGUUUAUUUUUGCCACUUUUGUUUAUUGAAAAACAAAAACAUGCUAAAAAAUGGAAAUCUGAUGUUUAGAAUUACUAGAUACUUUAAGUCCAGUAUCUGAGGCUGUUUCUCAUUGCAAAGUAUUUUUGUUUUGAACAUGGUUUAAAUUUUUGGUUUGGUUUUACUCAGAAUGUGUAUACAAAAGCAAAAUCAGCUGGAGGCAAACAUCUGGUGCACUGCCAAAGGCACGGUGCAUAUGAAGCAACAGAAGCAACAUAACUCUGCAUUAAGGAUUACAACAUAGCAACCUUGGGUAUGGUUGGGUUUGUUGUUGUUUUCCUCCAAGGAUUAGUUAAAGAGAUUCUAAAACAGUCAUUCACAGAUAUUUUUUUUACCUGUGUCAGAAAGGAACUGUAUAAUCUUUUUUAUUUUAAAACACUGUUACUUUUUAUAUUUUUACUUCAUUUAUGAUCUGAAAUGAAUUCAAAUGAUUUUAAACAAUUAUUGCUUUCUGAGGUUGUUUGUGUCUUGUUUUUGUAGAUUUCUUUAUGUGCAUGUUCCAAAAAACCCUAUUUGUGUAUGAAGAUGCUCAUCUGUGUGAGGGGUUAUCAUGAUCUAAUGGCUGACAUUUCAGUUGGGUUAUAUUAAUCUCUCUCAAAUUUAUCACUAUCUGUAUUGUAUGAAAAAGGAUGUUAAUUUGCUUCUGCUAUCACCAAAGUCAUCAGUAUUUUGUUUAGGACUGCCUGAAGUACUGGAUCCAUAAUCAAGAGGCAAUCAUAAAAAAAUUACAUUAUCUUUCAGGCUCAUAUUUCUUUUUUCCUUCUAAAAUAGCUGACUUGCAUUCAAUAAAGAAUUCUUAAUUGAGGGGUAAGUGUAUAAAAAUUUGCUGACCAGAUCAGAAUAACUCCUAGUUAGUGUAGUUUAUAACACCUGAGUACCUGAUUCACAUUUCCCAAUCAUUCAAUAGUCUGUUGCUCUCACUUACGCAGUAGUACUACCUUGUUUUGAAAUCAUUCACAAAUUUGAGUAAUGCAGAGCUAAACAAAUUUAGUCCUAAUUUUUUGUCAUUCUUUAAGGCAGAAAAGGUCUAUGCCCUCAAAUAGAGAAAUCAGACAGGAAAUUUUGAAAGUCAUGAAAAAGAGAUUACAACACUGGCAAAAUGUAACAGGGAAUCAGAAGGAAUGUAAAUUGUUAAGCCAGGACAAGAUCCUUCAUUCAUAUAUGAACCUAUUGGCUCAGUGAAGGGGAAGAACCCUUGUGCCACAUUUCUCUGACUAGAGUAAGCUAAUCUAAGGAAAAAUUACAGUGUAUAUCAUAUAUAAAAUAAAAAGCAUAAAUCUACAUUUUAAUUCUUUUCUGACCUCCCUAAUGGAAUGUUACCUGUAUGUUCUAUUUAAAAUUAGAUUUGUAGAUUUAAUGACUGGAUCUAGUGCCUAGUGUUGCCUCUCAGGGUACAUCUCUUCAGCUGUGCACUACGGUGAGAAAGAGGGUCUCAGACCUGGCCAAUGGAAAGUAAAUCUCUUCCUCUGCAUAGUUAUAUUUCUCUUUCAUAGGCCAUUACAUUGGGAAGUUGAGCAUACCCUACUUCUAUACUGCAAAUUUACAUAAAAGGCUCAAUAUUCUAACAGUGCACAUUGAAAAUAGAGAGAAUUAAAUGUUUAAAACAUCAUUAUGACAACUCUACAGUGUUGCUGGAACAUUUUUUUUUAUUUAGCAAUCCAUUAACAAGAAAAGUAUUUCAGAGGGGAAAAGCAAAAAAAGGUUCCAUGAUGAUUUUUCAAAUGCACAUAACAGUUGGCAUGUCAUUCUGUUGCCCUCAGGUUAAGUAAAGAUUUUCUGUUUUGAUGUAAUGGAACUAAGAUCUCUCCUGAACUGAUGGGUUUGUGGUUUUUUACUGGAACCAUAACAUUUGCCAAGGUAACAGAAGCCUCUGCAGUCCACUAAAUAUGUUUUUCAAAAGAAAGCAGCACUUAAAAUGUAAAUUUAAUUUAGAUUAUUCCUAAAUGACUUAGUGUAAAGUCACAUGGUAAAGAGACAGAGAAAUGUCAUUUGAGAUUAUAAGAAACUUCAAGGCACAAAUGACUGCUCUUUACCACUGACUGGGGAAAAGUCCAUAAAUGCCAGCAGGCAUGUCAGCCCUCUGUACAAAGCUAGAAUAAACAGCUACUGUCAUCAGCCAAGAUUAGUGUUGGAGAUGAUUCUUUUGUAACUGUAUAAUGAAGUAGCAAGGAAUUACAUUAAGAUGCAAGAAUUGAAAGGUACUCUGCAGUAAUAUCAGACUGCAGUACUUAUGCUACAAUCCUGUGAAACAGGCAGUAGAGAGGCAGAAAAAUAAUCAUCAAGGAAAUAAUGCUUGAGGCAGAGGCUACCUAGCAGACUUCUCCUACAAAUAAAAAGACCCCAUUCAUUAGGCUGAAGUAGAUAGCUACCUCACCUCACUAUCACCGAACCUGGACUCUGCAGAAUAUGGGUCUUUAGCAAAGCCACAAAGAAGGCUUCUUGCAAGCACAACCCCUGUGCGACAGGCUAACGCAGCUUUGGCCCAAGUCAUUAUUCACCAUAAGUGCAGACUCUGUCCUGCUCAGGUCAUGUUUUUGUGAUUUCAGUAGACCAGACCUAUACUUCAGAAAUAAAAUACUGACACUGGG